GGGCGUCUGGGCGGCGAAGGUAGGACUGCCUAUCCCGGGCGGCACGUUGCCCCUCUCCAGCUAACUGCAUUAUAGCAUGUCCCCCAGAACCCGGAGACCGCGAGCCCGGCUUGCUUAGUGAAGAUGCGGCCCCCCAGCGUUUAGGCCACUCGCGUCUCAACCCGCUUCUCUGUCGCUGGAGAACGCGCGGGUUGAGCAGCUGGGAGAAGCAGGCCAGAGCCUUCUAAGGCCUUGGGCCCGGGGACCCAAGGAGGAUGAGCUGGCUCUUUCCCCUAACCAAGAGCGCCUCCUCCUCCGCGACUGGUUCUCCCGGUGGCCUCACCAGCCUCCAACAGCAGAAGCAGCGCUUGAUCGAGUCCCUCCGGAACUCACACUCCAGUAUAGCUGAAAUACAGAAAGAUGUGGAAUACAGAUUGCCAUUCACUGUAAACAAUCUGACUAUUAACAUUAACAUAUUACUUCCUCCACAAUUUCCUCAGGAAAAACCAGUGAUCAGUGUUUAUCCACCAAUAAGACAUCACUUAAUGGAUAAACAAGGAGUGUAUGUUACUUCUCCAUUAGUAAGCAAUUUUACAAUGCAUUCAGAUCUUGGGAAAAUUAUUCAAAGUCUGUUGGAUGAGUUCUGGAAGAAUCCUCCAGUUUUAGCUCCUGCUUCGACAGCAUUUCCAUACCUGUACAGUAACCCAGGCGGGAUGCCUCCUUAUGCUUCUCAGGGCUUUCCAUUUCUUCCUCCAUAUCCUCCACAAGAAGCUAACAGGAAUAUCACUUCUUUGUCUGUUGCUGACACUGUUUCUUCUUCAACAACAAGUUAUACCACAGCCAAGCCUGCUGCUCCUUCAUUUGGUGUCCUUUCAAGUCUGCCAUUACCUGUUCCCACAACGGACACUUCAGCUCCGAUAAGCCAGAAUGGUUUUGGUUAUAAGAUGCCAGAUGUUCCUGAUACAUUUCCAGAACUCUCAGAAUUAAGUUUAUCACAACUUACAGAUAUGAAUGAACAAGAGGAAGUAUUACUAGAACAGUUCCUGACUUUGCCUCAAUUGAAACAAAUUAUUGCAGACAAGGAUGACUUAGUAAAAAGUAUCGAGGAAUUAGCAAGAAAAAAUCUCCUUUUGGAACCUAGCUUGGAAGCCAAAAGGCAGAUUGUUUUAGAUAAGUAUGAAUUACUUACACAAAUGAAAUCUACUUUUGAAAAGAAGAUGCAAAGGCAGCAUGAACUUAGUGAGAGCUGUAGUGCAAGUGCCCUGCAGGCAAGAUUGAAAGUAGCUGCACACGAAGCUGAAGAAGAAUCUGAUAAUAUCGCUGAAGAUUUCUUGGAGGGAAAAACGGAAAUAGACGAUUUUCUCAGUAGCUUCAUGGAAAAGAGAACAAUUUGCCACUGUAGAAGAGCCAAGGAAGAGAAACUUCAACAGGUGAUAGCAAUGCACAGCCAAUUUCAUGCUCCACUAUAGAUUUUCCCGAAAACAUGAACUGCCAAGAGAAAAAUGAGACAUAAAACUUAAGCACAUUGUUUUAUAUUUAUGAUUUGCAAAUUGGCAUUUCAUCAUGGGGGCUGAAUUCACAGAUAAUACUAUAUAGAUUGUAUACAGAACUGAGACUGAUUUUGUAUAGAUCAAAAUACUUGCUGUGAUCUUUGCUUUGAGAAAAUUUUCUGCACUAUUUGCACUAAAAAUGUUUAUUUAUUGUUGAUAAACUAUCAUAUAUUUAAGUUCUGCUGCUAUUCCUCUUAUUAUUGAUUAAAUGCCUAUGCAUGUAAUUUCAGCUACUUUUCAGUACUUUAUAAAACUAAUUUAAAUUUGUAGUUUUAAUUCAAAGCUGCCUCAGUUCUUUAUCAAGAGUGGUGUGGUUUUUAGAUUAUUUUCCUCUCAACCUUUUUUUAAGAAAUUUUCAACUGUGGAAAGUCACCAUUUUCUUUCUUUCUGGAUGAUAAAACUUUUCAAGGGCAAUUUGUUUUUAAAUAUUCAUAGUGUCAGGAAACACCAGACCUGCCAAUGUGCCAUCUCAAGUAAGUAACUUUUACCUACAAUAAAUCAAAAAAGAGUAAACCAGCUCUUCAUAUAUUGUUUUAUUUUUAAAACUAAAGAUACAUUUAAGUUGCAAGACCAGUUAAAUAAAUAUUUUACUUAAGAAAAUGACUGGUUUCGUUUAAACCAAUCCAAAACAAACUUUCAGGCUAAUUCUUAAAACAUAAGUAUCUGAUGGAUUUGUGGUUAGAUGGGUAUGCUUUCUAAAUUCCUAAUGUUAAAACAAUCUUUUUGUUAAUAAAAAUAAUCUAGACAUAAAAAAAAAUCAAUGAAUUUUUCUCAUUUUUAUGUGAAUUCAAUUUUCCUGAGAAAAGUUUUAUAGGAACUAGUAAAAGUACUAUUUAGUUUUUAAGCAAUCCAAAUUUUUAAUGAAUUUCCUCUUCAUUUGUACUGUGUUCAGUAAUUUGCUUCUAUGCCAUGUCACCAAAUGAACAUAUUUCAUAAGUAGCCCUAAAUGAUUCAAAGGGAGAAAAUUUUGAACUCUAACUGAGGCUCAAUAAACUAGUAUCUAAAUCACGAAACAACCUAGUGCAUAUUUUUGCUUAAAUUUCAUCCCCCUAUAAUUAUCAUUUCAACAUUUGCAUACAAUAUAGAUUAUCUUUGUCUUCAUUCUUCUCUCCUUCUAUACAUGUCUUUAGCAAUGGAGGUUUAGGGGAAAGACUUAAUUUUCUUAGAAUUGAAAAAUACUUAAUACUUAGUCUAUAUUUGUAAAACACAAAUAUUCACAUGGACUAAAAAGGUACAAUGUUGUAUGCAAAAAAAUGGCUUUUAUUAAUUGUCUGACUUGCCGGCACUGUGCUAAGGAAGGGCAUGCUAUUUAAUAUUCAGAAUGCUCAGAAAAAGGUAAAAUUAUUCCUGAUUUGUGGAUGAAAUAAUGAAGUAAAAGUAUGUCAAAUUUGUGAUAGUCUUUUGGGCAUUUAGAACUUUCCUUAUUGUCUGUGACAAUAUCCAGUGUGAUAGCAUUGGCCAUCAGAGAUUAAUAUUCUCAACAAUUAUUGCAGUCACUGGAAGACUUUGCAUUCCCAAUCUUUUACAAACAAAUCAGGUAGCUUUCCUGGAAACUAGAUAUAUCCUAGAACAAGAGGUCAGCAGACCAGAGACCUUCUAAAAGACCAUUCACACUAAAAAUAAUGCAUUACGGAAAUACCAUAUAAAGAUAACUCAAACAUGGUUUAGUUAUUGAAGUGCUUAUCUACCUCCUGUUCUACCAAAUAUAUAUACAUGUAUAAAAAAAUACAUAAUUUCCUUUAAAUUAGUUUAUUAGAUAACCUCUUAACAACCCAGAUUAGAGAAGUUUGAUCACAAUUAUCUGUAUUAUAUAAAUUGGCAAUUUAGUUCAGAUAUAGGUUAUGUAUGUCUUUUAGGAUGGAAAGAUUUUAUGCCUGUGUGAAUUUGGGUUCCAUGACUGCAAUAAACUUAAAUGAUGUUUUUUUCUAA